AGAAGUAGAAGGAUUCCAGGAGAAGAAGAAGAAGAAGACGAAAAUGGCUGCGCCCUGUAGCUCGGUAGCAAGUCGGUCAUUCUCCCAGCUCCUGUAUUGUUUUAACCGGACAGUCGGUGGGGGUUUGGGAUGUCGCCAUUUUUCUAUCACUCCUUCUCGCAGAGGGUUUCCACAGAGCAGUUCUACAGAGGAAAGAGCAGCUUCUCCAUGGACCCUGAUGGCGGCAGUGUGUCUGCAGAGGUUACCUGUCAUCACUGCGGACUGCAGCCCGAUAGAGGAGCGCUUUAAGCAGAUGAUGCAGCAGAUGGAGCUGGAGAAAAGCCUGCUGUCGGACCACGAGCUGCGGCUGAUGGAGGACGCAGAGAGGAUGAGUCGGAAGCAGGCUGACGACUACGACUCAGAUGAAGAGGAGGGACGUGAUGACCAAGAGAUCAUGAUGGCUCAGGACCUGGAGGACACCUGGGAGCAGAGGUUAAAGAGCUUCCAGCCUGCUCCAAGGUUCAGAGCUGACGCAGAUAAGGACUUGACCUCGGUGCAGCGCUGUCUGGCCAACUCGCUGGUGCUGCUGGCUGAGCAGCAGGUGGGAGCAGAGAAGCUGUGGCUGCUUCCUCAGGCAGCGUGGCAGGAGGGAGAAACGCUGCGGCAGACGGCAGAACGAGCGCUCAGCUCCGUUUCAGCAGCUGAUUUCAAGGCAACUUUCCUCGGGAACGCUCCCUGUGGUGUUUACAAGUACAAACUGCCCAAGGCCACUCGGACCGAGAGCUCAAUUGGGAUAAAGGUGUUCUUCUUCAAAGCCAUCCUGGCUGACAGCGCUCCAGGAAAAGCUCCAAACUCGGCUCUGCUUUGGUUGAAGAAAAGUGAGCUGCAGAAAUACCUGAAACCAGCAUACAUGAUGAAGGUUGACCGCUUCGUUCUCAGCUUGUGACCAGAGACUUACUCAAUACAGUUUGUUGUUGAUCUGUCAUCCAUUUUCAAUAAAUAUUUGGUUUGUUUCGUAAUAGUUUUUUUCCCCCUCAGGAACUGAUAUUCA